AAUAAAAUAAAAAUAAUAGUGUUAAUAAUAAUAGUUCCAAACCCCCAAAAGUUUUGUUUAUUUUAGUGGGUUUUGUCAUCAGCGGCUACACGCGGCUGAUGACAGCAAAAGGCACGCAAAGUACAAUAUUCUAUGAAAGAGAUCAAUUUCAACAACCUCUGUAAAAAAUCCAAUAAAGCCAACAUAGAUCUUUAUUUAUUUUGUCUUUAUUACAACUGCAUAAACAUUGAGAACGUCUGAGCUCACAGGGACCAAAAUACCUGAUGCAAGAUGCAACAUAAAAAUAAUAAUAUUAAACCAGUCUCGUUUUGAGUUACUUACUUGUGAGUACCGCAUUUAUUAUUGUACGCAAUGGUUAAUAAUCUAAAGGGUAUACUUUAACGUUGGCGUACGUCUAAGUUAAUUAAGCUCUGCCGAAGGGAAGCAUGUUUGUUUAAUUGCACAUGAGUCCCAUAUACCACCGUCAUUGAUUAACGUUAACGUUAUGUCUGGGCAGUUGGAGUAGGACGAGAAGGGGACAUGAUGCAUAUCAAUGAAAAGGAGGCGGUAUUGAGUGAAACACUGCGUUUAAUCGUAUCAUUCUGGUACCGCCUACCAGAGAGUCCACCGUCAAGAUGGCUGUCUGCCCGCCCCACACGGCGCCUGGCAAACGUCAGCCAGCAUUUUUGGUGUUGUCAUCAAAAAGACACCUUCAAACGGACAGAGGCAAUUAUUCUACCAGUGAAUGUCCUACUUUCUCUUCCUCAACUAAACUCUUGGGUCUGGACGGAGUAUAUAGUUGUACCUAUGAGCAAAAAAAAAUUAAAAAAGCAUAUGUCUGACGAACGGGAUUAAAGCGAAGACGGAAGCUGGUAGGGGGGAACGCUCCCGCCCUCUUUCUCGUCCUUCUUCUUGGGCAUGCUAGCUGCCGGGUGACCGGGGAGGGGGCACCAAUGGGUGCACCGAUUGGGUACAUUACCUGAAAGGGCAAGUUGGACGCUAAAUAGCCAUUGUGAGCACAGAUAUUUCAUUAUUCCACAUGGCAGGAGAGACCACGCGGGCGGUAAAUAACUCUUUCUUAAAUCGUAAUUUUAGCUCGUUUUGUUUUUAGCAUUAGCCCGAAGUUAGCAAGUUGCCCCGGCAGGUCUCCGUAACUUUAAAUGUAAGGUCAGCGUUAUUGUUCACGUUAGUGACAUAAAACAAGCAACUUAUUAAACGGGUUAAGGAGUAGAAGCCUUAUUGGUGUGUAAAAGACACACUGGCCACGUCGGCAACUUACCGGCGUAUCGUUCAACUAACUGGACGUGUUGUGGUUACAAAACUGCAAUAUUCCGUUAUUAUCUGCAGCCAUAAUGUAAGCUGACAUAACUUAACGCUAGCUAGCAACACGAGCCUCUUAUACACGUUUCAUCAUAUGCUUCACGUUGAGGUGGAGAGUGACGGGAAGCGUGUUGAUGUUUCGGUGCUCAGGUCCCUGACAUCACUGUUAUCUCAGCAUCAAUUUGUCAGCAGCGGAGACAUUUUGUCCCCCAGCUGUGGACAGCGAACACAAACAAACCAAGUCCCCCGGCUGGUCGUAUUGGCCUUGAUCUAGACCCCGUCCCUCUCUCUCAUCACACACACACACACACACACACACACACACACACACACACACACACACACAAAUACACAAUCCCCUGCUGUUACUCAACUCCAUAUUAUCUGUGUGUGUGUCUGUACACAUGUGUAUGAGUCAGAUCUUUAAUCUACUUUGGCUUCUCGUGCUUUUAAGUCUCAGGAAGGGAACAAUCUACCUCAAUAACUUACCCAACUACCGGGCAAAGUCCAUCAGAAAGAGCUCUGCGUGCUAAAGGACAUGAAUACUUGAUCAAUCCAGUCAGUCCGGCGAUGAAAAAGAGUGAAGAAGCAAGUGAAAGUCAAACAACAAGUUCCUUACAACCUGCUUUAUACUCCUCACACAAAUGUAUUUGUGUUUUGGACUGAAGGUCGGAGUGAUUAUCCAUUUUAACCGGGAUAUUAAUCUGCAGAUCAAGCCAUGACUGAUAUUGAACAGUAACCGGCGUCCAAUUAAAGUUGUGUCACCAUCACAUGGCUCUGCUCCGAAGAUGUGCACGUCCCGGCGCAGCGCUCCAAAGAAACAGACCCUUCGGCUCACUGAGGGAAGGAAAGCGCAGGGGCCUGCUAUGGAAGACGCUUGUCGGCGUCUCGGUCGGCCUCCCCGUGGCGGCGGGCGUCCAGUACGCCGUCUCCGACCCCAGCGACCGGAGGAGGACGAAGGUUUUGAUCGAAGGAUUCGGUCGCUUCUGCAGGUGUCUCUCUGUGGGAAUGCUGAUCUCUGUGGAUUACUGGUGGACCAGUAACGUGGCUCUCCGGGGCCGAGACGAGAGCAGCCCAUCCUACUUGGCCGAGAUGUCAGCGUGCCACCAAAGGGCGGCGGACUGCAUGGUGGAAGGAGCCCUCAGCAACGGAGGGAUUUACAUCAAGCUCGGCCAGGGUCUGUGUUCCUUUAACCACCUGCUGCCCCCCGAGUACAUCCGCACCCUGCAAGUGCUGGAAGACAAGGCCUUGAACCGCAGGAGCAAAGAGGUGGACGCCCUCUUCAGGGAAGACUUCGACAAGACCCCCGAGCAGAUUUUCAAAGAGUUCAACUACGAGCCCAUCGCCGCCGCCAGCCUGGCCCAGGUCCACAAGGCGGAGCUGUUCGACGGGACACCGGUCGCCGUGAAGGUGCAGUACAUCGACCUCAGGGAUCGCUUCGACGGGGAUAUCAGAACAUUAGAGAUCCUGCUGGAUGUUGUGAAAUUCAUGCACCCCAGCUUUGGAUUCCGAUGGGUUCUCAAGGACCUGAAGGGGACACUGAGUCAAGAGCUGGAUUUUGAGAACGAGGCCAAGAAUUCCGAGAGGUGCGCAGAGGAGCUGAAACACUUCAGUUUUGUUGUGGUACCCAAAGUCUUCUGGGAGCAAACCAGCAAGAGGGUGUUGACGGCGGAGUUCUGCAACGGGUGCAAAAUCAACGACGUGGAGGAAAUUAGAAGACAGGGAUUGAGUUUGAAAGACACCGCCGAUAAGCUGAUCCGAACGUUCGCCGAGCAAAUAUUCUACACCGGCUUCAUCCACGCCGACCCUCAUCCUGGAAACGUUCUGGUGAGACGAGGUCCUGACAAGAAGGCCGAGCUGGUGCUGUUGGACCACGGCUUGUACGAGUUCCUCAGCCAGCGUGACAGAGCGGCCCUCUGCAAGCUGUGGCGGUCCAUAGUCCUCAGAGACGAGGCCGCAAUGGAGAAGUACUCCAGGGCGCUCGGAGUCAAAGAGUACCUGCUCUUCUGCGAGAUGCUGCUGCAGCGACCCAUCGACAUGCGGGAGCUCGGCCUGUCCAACAUCCUGAGCCGGGAGGAGACCAGCUACAUGCGGCAGAUGGCCAGCGAGCGCUUCGACGGCGUCAUGCAGGUGCUGAAGUCGAUGCCGCGGCCCAUGCUGCUCGUGUUCCGCAACAUCAACACGGUGCGCAGCAUCAACAUCACGCUGGGAGCGCCGGUGGACCGCUACUUCGUCAUGGCCAAGAGUGCGGUGCGCGGCUGGGGGAAGAUUCAGGCGGCGAGGACGGGGCUGCUGCCCAGGCUCUGGCUCUUCCGCUGGGUGAGGACGACAUGGGAGGGCCUGAAGUUCCAACUGGCUUUAAGAUGGGAGAUGGCGGCGAUGAGUCUGACGCGGUCCCUCGUGGGCCUGCUGUCCUACUUCGGUCUCGUAUCUCUAGACGCAGACGUGUACGACUACCUGAGGUAGCGGACAAUAAAGACCGUUUCCAAGCAAAGUCGAUGCAAUCCAAGGGGAGAGAGCUGUCCCUCCCUCCCUCCCUCCCUCCCUCACCUCCCCUCACCUCCUCCCAUAGUAAUGGUGCUGCUCACAUUUGCACGAGGCUUCAACACCAAAUGGACCGGGACUCUGUGGCUUCAGGUGUCACGGCUGACACCAAACUCACUUCAGUGACUCUGGACUCACCAGAGCUUCAAACUUUAGAGCCGACUGGACUUUAAUUCACUUGUGGUUUUUUUAAGUGUCAUUUUAAGACUCUGGAGAAAGAAUCUAGGACAGCAAAUGCUUUUAUAAAUGUUUUAACUGGUUUGUUUUAAAGGAAUCUUUGCGCCGUCAAAUGAAAUCAAUGGUUUCUGAGCGACGGCAGGAACCUCUUGCGUGUCGGUUUCUUCAGUCAGAGGAACAGUCCAGUGCCAUCGAACCAAAUCAUUUUAAAGAUUUAAACAAUGCUAAUAAAAUGUUCUACCUCCUUCAA